AGAGAGACCAAAGUGAGAAAUCAAUAAAAUUACAAGACGAGAGAAGAGAAGAGGACGACCGAGGGUUUAAGGUUGCCGCCAUUGCCGUUUCUGCAAGAAGCAUCUCUGUGGAAAGACAGUUUCCUUUGCUUAGAUUUGAAGGAAGUAGAAAUAUGAGCAGAAUCUUCCCUUAUUUCUCAUGUGUGACUCCCCUUCCUAAAGUUAAAGUAGAACAUAACUCUGUGUUUUUCCCAACCUCAAAGUCGACUAAUUCAUUAUCAUGGUGCAGAUAUUUGAAUAAGUGUACAUUAAGAUAUUCAACAACUCAGACUGUUCCAAAAUCCAAAUCCAAUAGCGCGAAUGAAGAAGAAGAGAAUGAUCCGUUUAAUAUGGACGAAGAUGAGAGACAGGAAUGGCGGAGAAAGAUCAGAGAAGUCAUUGACCGUAGCCCAGAUGUUGACGAGGAAAUUGACCCUGCUGAGAAAAUGAAGAAGAUGCAACAGCUGUUGGCUAAUUACCCACUUGUUGUCGAUGAAGAGGAUCCUGACUGGCCUGAAGAUGCUGAUGGACGUGGUUUUAACCUUGAUCAAUUCUUCAACAAGAUCACUAUUAAGAAUACCAAGAAGAAGGAUGAUGUUGAUGACGAUGAGAAUUAUGAUAGUGAAAACGAAGUUGUAUGGCAAGAUGAUGAUUAUAUUCGUCCUAUCAAAGACCUUAUAAGCUCGGAAUGGGAAGAAACCGUUUUCAAAGACAUCAGUCCUAUAAUGGUUCUCGUACAUAAUCGUUAUAAGAGACCCAAAGAGAAUGAAAAGAUGCGAUUUGAAUUGGACAAAGCUGUAAAUAUCAUAUGGAAUUGCAGGCUACCAUCUCCAAGAAUUGUAGCAGUAGAUGCAAUAGUCGAGGAUGAGCUCGUGUCUGCACUAAAAGUUUCGUCUUUUCCAGAGCUUAUAUUCAUCAAAUCAGGAAAGAUUGUAUUUCGUCAAAAUGAAAUUCGAACGGCUGAUGAACUGUCAAAGAUGAUGGCAUUCUUCUAUUUUGGAGCUGCAAAACCACCUUGUUUGAUGAAUCGCAUGACUAACAAUGAAGAAGUGAUCCCCACCAUUUCUAUUAUCAAUCCAUGUCCAUAAAAGCUUGAUGAUACUUUUCAAGAAACUAUGCAAUAGACAUUAUUUUAAUGAAUUACAGACUUACAGUUUAUGGUACACAAUA